UGGACGGCCAGCUUCUGCCUGUGCUGCUGCUGUUCCUGCUGGGGGCCUCAGGCCUACAGGGACAGGGACCUGAGAGACCCUCAGAGGAUCUCCUGGAGGAGACCCCUGGGGAGGAGGUCCCCAAGGAGGAUGGGGUCUUGGUGUUGGACCACCACACCCUGGGCCUGGCCCUGCAGGAGUACCCAGCCCUGCUGGUGGAGUUCUGUGAGUGUUUGGGCCAGUGGGUGGGGGGCCACAGGGACUACCCAGGGUCUCCAGCCCCAGCCCUGUGGACUAGGGGAUCUUCCCAGAGGCACUGUGCCCAGCACUCCAGCUUCCUAGGAGCACCCUAGGGCAGGGAGCUCUGGGAUGGAGUGUGGAGGGGUGGUGGUUAUGCGGGGAGGCCCAGGGGACAUGAGAACACCCUGUUUGGCCAUCUGUGCCCUCAGGCUGAUGUCCUGCCGCAGGGCCACUUCUCCAAGCUGCUGGUGUGGGUCUUUCUGCAGGCUCUCUACAGAAGCAUGGGGAUCUGGGUCUGUAGACACCCUAGUAAAUAAAUGUCAAAUCUGUCCGCGGCAGCCUCAGGAGGCAGCCAUGUGUGUCCCAGGAACCCCAGCCACACCUUGUUGUCCCUUGUGCCCCAAGCUUGGGGGCCUGGAGAAUCUGACUCCUGAUCUCAGCCCUGCCAUGGCCCAGGCUUGGGUGGGGUCUAAGGAGAGUGUGCACAGCACACCCCUGCUCCCUCGGGAUCUGCAGGGAGGGGCUGUGGCUGUGCAGGCCUGGCACUCAUGGCCUCAUCCCCCAGUCGCCCCGUGGUGUGGGCACUGCAAGGCGCUGGCCCCUGAAUACAGCAAGGCGGCUGCCUUGCUAGCAGCUGAGUCGGUCACGGCCACGCUAGCCAAGGUGGAUGGGCCUGCGGAGCAGGAGCUGACGGAGGAGUUUGGUGUGACAGGGUACCCCACGCUCAAGUUCUUCCGUGAUGGGAAUCGGACGCACCCCGAGGAAUACACAGGCCCCCGGGAGGCCAAGGGCAUCGUUGAGUGGCUAAAGCGGCGGGUGGGGUCCAGUGCCACCCGGCUGGAGGAUGAAGAGAGUGCACAGGCACUGAUGGACGCUGGGGACGUGGUUGUCAUCGGCUUCUUCCAGGACUUGGAGGAUGAGGAUGUGGCCACCUUCCUGGCCCUGGCCCGCGAUGCCCUGGACAUGACAUUUGGCUUCACUGACCAGCCAAAGCUGUUUCAGAAGUUUGGCCUCACCAAGGACACUGUGGUCCUCUUCAAGAAGUUCGAUGAAGGACGGGCCGAUUUCCCAGUGGACGAGGAGCUGGGUCUGGACCUGGGGGACCUGUCCCGCUUCCUCAUCACACACAGCAUGCUCCUGGUGACGGAGUUCAGCAACCAGACCUCCCGGAGGAUCUUCGGCGCCAGAAUCCUCAACCACCUGCUGCUGUUUGUCAACCAGACGCUGGCUUCACAUAGGGAGCUCCUGGAGGGCUUCCGGGAGGCGGCUCCCCCACUCAGGGGGCAGGUGCUGUUUGUGGUGGUGGAUGUGGAUGCCAGCAAUGACCACGUACUGCAGUACUUUGGUCUCAAGGCUGAGGAGGCCCCCACCCUGCGCUUGGUUAACAUUGAGACCACUAAGAAGUAUGCACCCCCUGGCGGGGGGCCUAUCACUUCAGCCUCUGUGGCAGCCUUCUGCCAGAUGGUCUUCAGUGGGAAACUCAAGGUGAGCUGGCUAGCGCCACAGGGUGGGGCAGGGAGGGCACAGCCACUCCUGGGGUCCUUCCCCACACAACACCAGAGCUCCUGGCCUGGCCCACAGCCCUACCUGCUAAGCCAAGAGGUCCCCCCUGACUGGGACCAGCGGCCCGUCAAGACCCUUGUGGGCAAGAAUUUUGAGCAGGUGGCUUUCGACGAAACCAAGAAUGUCUUUGUCAAGUUCUAUGCCCCAUGGUGCAGCCACUGCAAGGAGAUGGCCCCAGCCUGGGAGGCACUAGCUGAGAAGUACAGGGACCACGAAGACAUCAUCAUUGCCGAGCUGGACGCUACGGCUAAUGAGCUCGAGGCCUUCACUGUGUCUGGCUUCCCCAGGCUCCUGUACUUCCCCGCAGGGCGGGAUCGGAAGAUGAUGGAAUACAAGGGCAACAGGGACCUGGAGAGCUUUUCCAAGUUCCUGGACAGUGGGGGUGAGCUGCCAGCAGAGGCACCCACAGCCCCCUUCCAGGAGCCACUAGCCAAUUCCAGUGUGGGGCCCCGGGAGGAGCUGUAGCCACCACAUCACUGCCAACUGUAAGUGGCAGGUGAUCCUGGCUGGAGAAGCUGUGCUCCGUGAAUAAAGAGCUUUGCACCUGGA